CAGUACAUGCUCUUGUGUUUCUCUUCUGACUUUAACUUUGAGAGUCAUUUGCAGUUAAGAGCUUUUAUACUGAAGGUUAAGACAGGACCUGUGUGAAAGUGAAAGUAAACCUGAGCCAGCUGCAGUGCAGUGAUUGCUGUUUGUGGGCUGUCGGCUGGUUGGAGGAGCAGAUUUAAAGAGAUUAUUUCUGUGUUUUUUGCUGCAGGAUGAACCUGAUUCUGUCACUCCUGAUCCUGGUCUUCGUGUAUCUGUUCAUGCAUCCUUGUUGCUCCAUGGAUUUCUGUAAGCAGCCUGAUGAAAGGUCCACUGCCUGCAACAGUUCUGCUGGGUGCCUCUUCAUCUCCAUUCCCAAAGAAGACCACUCCUCCAUCACUGACAGCCAUCUACCUGGCUUCCAGAGAGUUUCCCAGCUUGCCUUGGCUUUGGUAGUGGAGGUGAAUGAGGGAGAAGGGUCUGUCCCAUUGCCCUGUCAGUACUCAGGAUUUAUACCUGAGGACAAUCCCAUGGUGCUGUGGACUCGUGAUGAUCUGGAUCCAAAAUCUGUCCACAUACGACGAGAAGGAGGAGACGAUCUUAGAGGACAAAACCAGCUUUACAGCGGACGCACAUCAAUGAGGUCUGAUGCGCUCGACUCUUCAGACUUCAGCCUCACUCUGAGAAAACCAACAAAGACUGACAGCGGUAACUACACCUGCUCCAUCAGUAAUGAGAGACAAGAACUGAGACUGAGAAACAUACAGCUGCAGGUCAAAGACCAGCAGGUGGAGGUGGGGGUGGAGGAAGGCUCAGAGUCCGUCCUACUGCCCUGCAAAACAAAACCUGACCUGCCUGAGGACACAAAAGUGGAGUGGACUCGCUCUGACCAAGAGCUCAUGAUGGUCCGUGUGUAUUCAAACAGAAGCGACCUCCUUAAAAAACAAGAAAACCUUUACAAAGAUUGAACAAAGAUGAACAAAGACCUGCUGAGAACUGGAGACCUCAGUCUGACCCUGAAAUACCCCACAGACUGGGACACAGGAGGAUACAUCUGCACCAUCUACAGGGACGAAGAUAUCCUGAGACAGA